AUGGAUCACCACAACCACCAUUUUGACCUCCUUCACUUCCCCGGCCAAAACCUCCACUACCACCGCCAUCCACCCUCGCAACCGCUACUGCUCUCCUCCAAAACAAACCCGAAACCAAUCGAUACUCUACGAGUCCUUCGUCGAGUGGCCGCCGCUACCACCGUCACGGUCCCGCCGGUUACUAAUCAAUUUACACCCACUCCAACCACCACAUCAACCACUUCGGCCUUUUCAACUAUUUUCACCACCACCAAUCGAAUACCCAGUACCACCACUCUCUUCUUAUCAUCCAAUACAACCCCUAAAAUCAACGCCACCUCUCAAUCCUCCCACUCCACCACCGCCUUCCGCCACGAAAUCAUCCUCCUAGCCCUCGGCAUCUUCAUCCUAGUUGCCCAACUAGCUCUAAUCAUCUGGGUCGGCGUCCGCAGACGGCGAUUCUCCCUUUCUUCUUCUUCGGGUUCGGCUUGUGCGUAUCAUCACUGGCACAGGGAGAAUUGCCCUAGGGAGUUGAAUGGGUUGCAGUUGGAUGGACGGGGGAGUGGUCUUGGUUGUGGGUCAGGAUCAGGACCAGGAAGAGGAGGAGGGUUUGGACAUUGGCAUGAAAAAGGUGCAAAGUGUUUGCGGAAGGAAGCAUUUGGGGAGAGUCCUUCCAGUCCGAUGAGUUCGAAGACGAUGGGGCUGAGGGCUAAAGAGGGUAUGGAAGAGGAGGAAAACAGGUUGGAGAGUUCUUCUGGGCCUGAGUCUGCGUAUGAAGUGGAUGAGGACAAGGGAGGGAGAGAGGGUAUACGCAGCCGGGGCGACUCUCUUGUCAUUGCUGGUGCGCACGAGCUUGUGGAAAGGGUGAGGAAGAGGAGCAAUAGCUUGGGCACGUUUCUCGUGGGAACAGGGAUAGGAGAAGGACAACAUAUCGAGAUGGUACCUGAAGAGCAGCAGAAGACAGCAACGAGGAAGAGGAGCAAUACUUUCACGAUGGGAUUGGGGAGGAGGAUGAGCGAUGGCGGUGAGACUGGCCUCAGAGAACGCAAAGGGUCUGCUGCCACUGCCACUGCCACAACCAUUGCCAGGGAAGGGAAUGCUGAGAUGGGUGUUGGAAGAACGAGUGGGCUGAGUGCUGAUUUGGGGAGAUUUGGAGGGAGGUUUGACGGGACUGAAGAACGUGAUGGCGGUGGUGGUGGUAGUAAGAGAAGGCGUGGAUCCUGGGUGCAAGUUCUCAGGAGAUUUUCUGGGCUGGGUGACCAACAUGGAGUGCAAGACCCGGAGAAAGGAGGCUAUUGGUAA